AUGCCCCCGAUACGACACGGCAAGCAGCGACCCGCGGGGCAACGGAUCAAGCUCGGCGACGUCGUCUCGUUCACUCACCACGACGAAACAACGUAUGGCGUCGUCACCUCCCUGGUCGGCGGGGAAGUGCACGUCCAGCACCUUGUCUCCACCGCCUUUGGGCCCAUGAGAGCGCAUCGGCGCUGCUCGACGCCUGACUCCGUCAAGCUCACCACCCUCCCAUCACCCAAGUGGGUGAAGGAAGAUGGUUGUCUCCGCCACCCACUCCCCGGCUGUGACAGUUGCCACCACCGCGACCUGCGCCGCCGCCAGCGCCAGCUCAUCUUCCUCGACGACGGGAACGCGGUCAAGUAUCGCGGCGAGGUAUAUCACAUCGGCGAGCUCGUCUUCCGGCGUAGUGAGACCAAGGGCGAGCCCUGGGCUGUGGGCAUCGUCAAGAACUUCAAGAAGGAUGGGAUCGUCGUGCAGGUCUGCCGGAGGAUGAAGGGAGGGUUUGAGCUGUGCAUUACCCCAUCGAGGCGGACUUGGCUUUACGUCGAGCUUCGUGGCAAGGGAGUCAUCAAUCUUCCUACUCACCUUAGCUUGAGCUAUCCUUGCUUCAAGCUUGAGCACCGCCAGAGGGAAGAUGGAGCCAUCAUCCCCCUCCAGCGACCCAAGGGUCCGUGCGAGUGUAUCUUUGCCGAGGCACGGCGGACGACCGCGUUGAAGGAGCUCCGUCCACCCGCAGUGGGUCUCUACGCCGGCGGUGGCGGUAGUGCGCUCGGUCUCUCGGAACAUUUCGAGCUCAAGUUAGCCGUGGACACGGAAGACAGCUGCGUACAGACACUCCGGGCCAACUUCCCCGCCACGAGGGUACUGCAGCGGGAAGUCGGCAGCCUCACCGCUGCGGAUAUCGGCGAGGUAUCCUUGCUCGUCGCAGGACCGCCAUGCCAAGCAUUCACCCGCGCGAACCACAACCGCAAAGUCGAUGCGCGAGGUCACGAACCCGCCCGCCUUCUCCGCCUCAUCUCGCAGACGCUUCCUCAACUCGUGCUCAUCGAGAACGUGCCUGGCAUCAAGGACAGAUGCGGGUCCGACGAUGUGGCCUGGAACGCUGCCGAGGACGUCGUGCGCUCCCUCCUCGGUUUGGGGUAUCAGGUGCGCUGGGCCGUGCUCGAUGCAGCAUCGUAUGGUGCACCGCAGUACCGCAAGCGCCUUUUCGUCCUAGGCGCUAUGACUGGCACACCGUUGCCCCGCUUUCCAGAGCCGACGCACGCCAAUGCCAGGCCAGCGAGUACUAUCUUCCUCGGCGAGGUGUUCAGCAGUCACGACGGGACGGGCGCCUUCCCCCCUGUCACGGCCGAGCAGGCCGUGGGCGACCUCCCCGCCUGGGAAUACAAGCUAGGCGGCGUCUACGACCCUCUCAAGACCGAAGUGGGGAUGCGGCGGUGCGAUGUCGGCCCUCCUCGCUCUCGCUACGCCGAGCGUCUGCAGCGUCCAGACCGCAGAGCCAGGGAACACCUCACGGUCGGCUGCAGCGCGGACGACUACGAGAGGCAGCUGAGCCUGCUCGAACGUCGCCGCUUCCAGGGCUUUCCGGACGGAUACAAGUUGAAAGGACCGCUCGAGGCAAGGGAGCAGAUGGUCGGGAACGCGAUGCACGUUGGGCUCGUGGCCGCGAUCGCACGUCAGAUCAAGCAGGAUGCGUUCGCGGGCUUCAUUGCAGAUUAG